AUGACGUCCAUGAGCACAUACAAGGGGAUGAUCAGCCUGGAGAGUGCUCGCCGCCGUCACGCCAGCACUCAGGGGAGUGGAGAGUUCAAGCACAGCCCGGGGCUGCAGACUCUCUUGGCUGUCUCUCUCGCUAACCUGUUAUUUUUCACGUCUCCUCAGGUCCAGGAGCGCCCCAAGGCCUUGCAGGCUGAGCUGGCGCUGACACUGACGGUCUUGGAGAACAUGACUGACUCAGCCCCGGGCACCACCCUGGACCAGCCUCUUCACACACUGCGCCACAUCCACACACAGCUGCACACCUGUAUGCAGCCUCAGCCCCCAGCAGCAGAGCCCAGGUCCCCAAGCCGCCGCCUCUCCCGCUGGCUGCUCAGGCUCCAGGAGGCCCAGAGGAAGGAGAGCCCCGGCUGCCUGGAGGACUCUGUCACCUUCAACCUCUUCCACCUGCUGUUCAAGAACACUGAGUACAGUGGCCCGGCCCAGCCCAUCCAGGAGUCUCUGUGA